GCUGUCCUACUGGCUGGUUUGGAUUUCAAUGUAAAUACAAAUGCAGAUGUACUAAUGGCGUCUGCGAUGCCGACGGCGAGUGUACAGGCGGACACACUUGUCAGGUCGAGUGGUUCGGCCCCGCUUGUCAGUACGCCGAUCUAGCUUACGGCUCAGUAAGCGAUGCAGCUGUAGUAGACGGUAAUGACAACACAUGCCUUCGUGGACAGAAAACAAAAGUUACGGUCAAGUUGACUGAUUCAUUUCCAUUUACCUGGCUCAGAGUCAAAGUUACAAACCAGGUGACCUUGUCAGACACGUCGCGUAAUUUUGCCUGUACCAACCAGCGUAAGCAGUACGUCGACAGCACCACCCUGGAUAUACACUGUGAUUUGUCAAGCUGUAUAUACAACGUGACUCUGGGCGGCAAUUCAGCAGGUCAUCUUUGCUCAGUCUACAUCAGUGGAG